CCUAGUAGCGCUCGAGUGAGAAUCCUCUCAUCGCCACCAUGUUGUCCGUGCUACAAUAUGGGGAUAGAAAUGUAGUGAAAAAUAUUUUUUUUCCAAUUCUCGCCAUGUGGUAUUGCGUACGAAAUGCAUUUCAUAUGGAGUUAAAAACCAACCAUGCAACGCCUUGGCAACGAAAAUUGCACUCACAAAUGCUCGCAAUGGAAAAGCGGGCCCCGAAAAAUGAAUCAUUUUGUUGCCGUGUCCCUUUGUACGUACACGGCUAACGCGAAAGGGUGUGAGGGGAAAGUAAGCUCGAAAACACACACACUAACAACAGCACGGUGAGCAUGAAGCAUACAACAUAGAACCAUACAUAGGUUGUUGGCUUGGAUUUCGUCCAUGCUGUGCAUAACAAAGGGCAAUGUUUGCGAUGGUAAGAAUGAUAGGGAGGUGAAUGGGAAGGAAGCAUGGUGAAUGGUUUAAAGGGCUGAAUACAUGCUUCCCUCAAUGUUUUUUUCACCGUGCGUUGAAAACAGAUCGCAUUUGCCGGGCGUCGUAAAACAAUGGCCGCGCUAUUCCUGUUAGGAUCUUUUUCAUUCCUGCAUGAAAUUUAAUGAUGGUAGAAAUUACAGAUGUUAGAGAAUAUUAAAAAUCAAUUUUUAAUAUUUCCUUUUGUAAUGUGUCUUACUAAAGGAAAAAAAUCAAAAUUAACAGAACAGCAAACUGGCCUAAAAUAUAAUAAAUUGAAUAUUAAUUCAUUCACUCACAUCUAGUCGACUAUUAUCAACUCUGUUCUCUUAUUUUUUGAGAAUUUAGACUGAUAUAAAAAUAUAUUUUUGUGAAUAAAUCAAUUCCCCUAACAAUAGUGGCGUUCUUGGCAAUAGUGUAAAUUCUGGUACUUACAGCGUAACAAAACACAUCCAACAUGAGUAUAACCAUAAACGCCGUGGACGCGAUGGAGUACGUCGAGGACGACAACAUCACCGGAGCAUCAGACGAUGAUGACGAUGACAAUCCCAGCAGUCCGGGCAGCGCAUAUGACGAUGGGAACCUCAUCAAUGUUGCCAUGGAAAAUGAAGUCACCGCACAGCUGGUGGCCGCCGGUGUCGUCGGCGUUGCUGCCGCAGCCGCCAUCACAUCGUCAAAGAAGAAAAAGCGGCCACACUCGUUCGAGACGAACCCUUCCAUCCGCAAGCGACAGCAGAACCGAUUGCUGCGGAAAUUGCGACAAACUAUUUUCGAGUAUGCCACACGUGUUGGGCAGCAGGCGGUCGUGUUGGUGGCAACACCUGGCAAACCAAAUAACAUCUACAAAGUAUUCGGAGCCAAACCGUUGGAGGAUGUGCUGAAGAAUUUGCGCAACAACGUGAUGGACAAGCUGGAUGAGGCACUUGCCGCUCAGGCACCACCGCGGGUUCAGGAUGAUCCUUCGCUGUUCGAACUACCGCCGCUUAUCAUCGAUGGUAUACCGACGCCAGUGGAGAAAAUGACACAGGCGCAGCUUCGCGCGUUCAUUCCGCUGAUGCUGAAGUAUUCUACCGGGCGAGGAAAACCGGGCUGGGGCAGGGACUCCACCAGGCCUCCCUGGUGGCCAAAGGAACUACCCUGGGCAAACGUUCGCAUGGAUGCACGCACCGAGGAAGAAAAACAAAAGAUAAGCUGGACUCAUGCACUGAGAAAAAUUGUCAUAAAUUGUUACAAAUACCACGGUAGAGAAGAUCUGCUGCCCGCGUUCAGUGAAGAGGACGAGAAAGCCAACGCCAUAGCAACGGCUAGUUCGAAUGUUGAUGUGAUGAAGAUUGAAAAUGGCAGCGUGGUGACGGUUGGUCCGGCCGGCAGCGGCAACACAACCACGGCCACCAUCACCAACGGUGCCGGUGGGCAACAGCAAAUCAUCAUCCAUCAGGCACACCCGCAGCAGCAGCAACAGCAGGCACAGGCAAACGGUCAGACCACGACAACGAUCACCAACGCGAACGGGCAGAUCAUUAAGGAAAACCCCGACGGCACCAUCCAGAUUCAGCAACAGUCUUCACCCACGCAGACCCUGAACGCGCAGGUUUGCUUAGACUCGAUGGCUCUAAGCGAUGUGGAUUUCACACACACCGUAUUGCAGACCAUACAAAACCCCGAUGGUACCGUGUCACUUAUUCAGGUUGAUCCUAACAAUCCUAUCAUCACGUUACCGGAUGGAACUACCGCACAAGUACAAGGAAUUGCAACCCUGCAGCAACAAGCCGACGGAGGUGUACAUGCAAUUCAAACUAUAUCAGAUGGACAGGGCGAAAGCAUGUCGGUUGACCUGACGGAAGCUACCCUUGGUCAGGAUGGUCAGUUAAUAAUCACGGGCGAAGACGGACAAGGUUAUCCGGUGAACGUGAGCGGCAUGAUCACCGUACCAGUAUCUGCACAGAUGUAUCAGACGAUGGUGGCAAACAUACAGCAGGUGCCGAAUGUGGAUGGAACCGUGUGUAUAACUCCGAUGCAGGUACAUAACAUUACGUCCAACCAGCAGCAACAACAGCAACAGCAACAGACCUCUUCCGUGGUUAGCACCGCUAGUACUACGACUCAAAACUUGACCAUUUCGACAAAUGUGGGUGCAUCGAAUCAGCACCAUGCUACCGCAAUGCUGGCCAACUAUGCGUUGAGCAGCAACGGGACUAUUUUGACCGUACCGCAAAUGCAACACCAUUUGCCGUCCAGCAAGCAGCAGCGUGCCAAUAAUAGUAACAGCGUAUCACGCUCUUCCACCGCAGCCGGUGGUCUGUCGAUGGUUGGCCUUAACGCGAUAUUGCCAUCGCAGCGAGGUUGCUUUAAUAUUUCCACCUCGAACCAUCAUGCACAAGAGGCGGAUGUUAAUAAUCAAACCAUGGCUAACAAUAACAAUAACAAUAAUCUCUCUCAACACACUUUGAACGUGCAUCGCAAAUCGAAUGUGAUACCAAGCGGUACAAUACUCGGUGGUACCGGUAUCGGGGGGAAUCAGAUUAAAUUUUGUAUACCAAAGAUUGAGCCAAUGGACGAGGACAAAGAUGGCAGCGUGGUAUCGACCGAUGGUGGCGAUACGCACAGCUUUGUCAUUCAACUGACUGGACCUACCUUUACAACGACCGAUUCCUCCAAAUCCUCCCAGCACCAACAAUUGAAACGGGACAUUGAGCUGACGGUUAACGAGGGCAGCCAUCUGAUCGAUGCGCUGACCAUAAGUCAAAAAAUGAACAACAGCAGUAGUAACAGUAGUAACAAUGCCUCCAACGAAUUGGUUGAUCAGAAACAUUUUGGUAUGCAAAGUGUGUAGAAGGACGAAAACCUAUAGAGACACGGAUGGCAGUGGAAGGAGAGGAGACGGGACAAAAGGAUAACGAAGCCAUUUUCCCACCUGACCUGUACACAACCGCUAGCACAAUGUUCACCUGUAUCCCGUUUUUUUUUUAAAUUUAUAGCCAUGUACUAUUAAAUUAGUCAUGCAGUGUAACUUUUAAGUUGUUUGGCCAAAGAAUUUUAAUGAAUUUUAGUUAUAGUUUGGUUUUAUUUAAGCGUACAACCGACUCACGUUGGUAGUGUAUUUAUUUAGUGUUUGUUUUUUAUUUUAUUUUUGUGUUUAGUAAUUAGUGAUCUUCAAUAUUUUUGGUGCAAUUUCUAGUCUUAUGCGUAACGUAUGAUUGUGUCAUUAACUUAUUCAUUGUAAGGAAGAAGUAAGUCGAUUAGUAUAUGCAGCUAUUAAGAAUAUUUGCUACAUUCACUCUUUCUCUGUGUGUUAAAAAAAAGAUGAAACCAAAUGAAACGAAAGUCAGUACAAACGGACACACACACACACACGAUUGAGCUGAUCCAGUCAAUAGUUUGCUAGCUUUAUACUAGGGAAAAGAUCGUUUCGAAUGCAAAAUGAUGGAAAACUAUUUAUUUUAUUUAUACCUACAUCGCUCGCAUACACAUCCCGGCCAUACUGUUUUGUGCAAUUUAUCAUUUUCUGAAGGAUCUCAGCAACGUUUUAGGUUCACCCUUUUAUAGUCAUUUUUGUUGUAAGUAAACGAAUGCCAAAGAUCCUGGUGCAAAACCCACCAGAACUUGUUAUCAUGUCAUCUAGUUAAAUCCUUUUGCGCUGAUUCACUAUUUAUUCUAAGCACCGGUAAAUGUAAUAGUUGUAAUAAUUUGGUAACAAACAGAGAGAAAAAAAAACAUGUAUCUUCUCACGUAAUGAAAUAGCCAUAAGUAGUUACCUUAAACAGUCUAUUUAAUAAGUGCUGUACAAAACCAAAGUGCAAUGAAACACCAAUUUAAAAUUA